AUGGAAGGCAUUCUUGUUACUUCUAGUGUUGAUGCUAAUAUGGCUGAAGCUUCUACUUCUCAACCUAAGUCGAGAGGCAAGGCUUGUGCGGUUUCUCCUAUAUUCCGUGCGGCUGCCGAGUCCAACGUUGUCUGGACUAGGUUCUUGCCGUCCGAUUAUCAAGCCAUCAUUGCUCGAUCAUCAACAUCAUUGGAUUCCUUGAACUUCUCUUCUAAGAAACAGCUCUACCUCAGCCUCUCCGAUAACCCCAUCUUGAUCGACGACAAUAAAAAGAGCUUUUUCUUGGACAAAUUGAGUGGAAAGAAAUGUUACCUUCUCUCUGCAAGGGACCUGUCCAUUGCAGCGGGUCACAAUAAUAUGCAUUGGCUAUGGUUUUCUCUAGCUGAAUCCAGGUUUCGAAAGGUAGCUGAACUUCAUCAUGUGCGGUUGUUUGAUAUCUGUGGCAAGAUGAAUACUUCAAUGCUGUCUCCAAAAACAAACUAUGUCGCUUACCUUGUGUACAAGUUGAGGAGGAAACCUCAUGGGUUUCAUCGAUUUCCUCCAAUGGCUUCAGUUGGAACUACUGGAGGUGUUGAAGAUUGUAAACAAACUGUUUGUUUGAGCAGGCCUAAAAGGGAGCCAAGGAAGCAGCACCCUUUGCUUCCGAAGUGGAGAAAAGAUGGGUGGUUUGAGAGUAAGUUGGGUGAAUAUUUCAAUGAGGGAGGAGAAAAUGAUGAACUGCAGAUUAGACUUAUGGAGGUAGAAGCUGGUACCGUUAAGUCUGGCCUCAUUGUUGAAGGGAUCGAGAUUAGGCCUACAAAGGGUUGAUAAAAAUUGUUCUUUUUUAUCACUUUUAGUGGCAGCGAUACACUAAAUUUCAAUACUUUCUAACUUUUAUUGUGUCUUAAUUUUGUGCUAAACUUCAACCUUACUAUUAAAACCAAUUUAGUGUCUUAA